AUGUCUGAUUCAGGCAAGGUAUGUAAUAUAGGGAAGUUCCAUGUUUGAAAACAGACCUUAAAUCUCCAAGUAUAAUUAGGGAGUCUUCAUUUUCUUGGAAUCGUAACAAAGUCAGCAGAUACUAUGACUUAUCUCGUCCCUUCUGGAAAAGGAAAAAAGUUUUCUAAAACAGGCUUUCUGUCUUCAGUAAUAAUUCAAGGACGACCGAGAGCUAUAAGUAACAAGAACACGCUUACAGCGGCAUUCAGGUCUCGCCUGCUUGGAGAUUAGAUCGAGAAAUAAGGAGGCGAUUAAUUCUACAAGAAACAUGAUUUACUCGCUAAAGGUUUUUUACUUCCUUCUUUAUCGUAGCCUCCCACGCAGGCGUUUUUAGGGGAGCUCGUUUUGAGGAGGGAUGAAAAACGAGCUCCCCUAAAAACGCCUGCGUGGGAGGCUAACCUUAUCGACGUCGAUACUUUUUAUUUGUUUCUGAACUGAUUUAGUACGCGUGUUAGCGACAACCAAAAAUACCUCCGCGGUAGCAGCCUAUUCGCGUGUAUAAAUACACGAAAAUCAAGGGCCUCGAUUUCAGAGAAAUUACAUCAUUGCCAGAUAUCGAAAAAGUGAUUUACAUUUCAAUCGCCGAAAAUAAAUCGGAUGCUCAUCACAAGAUUCAUUUGCAUACAGUGAAAGUUUACAACACCCGACCAUCGCAAUUUUGCAAAUUAAGAUUCUUGUUUUUUUUUUUUCAAUCGCUCAGUAGAGUUCUCUUGCUCCAAAGUAAUCAACGCUUUCAAGCGAUAGAAUUCGUAGACCGACACGUUUCGGAAAAGCUCUAAAUUUAAUCUUUCCUAAGCUUUCUUCGCAAAACAUGCGUGGCUUCGAUGACGCAAAGAUUCUUAGUUCCAGUUUCUACGGUCUCCGCAAGAAACGCCUGGCGCAAUGACCUGCUUUUUGUGUCCCAAACAUUCCUGGGGGGGUGGGUACUUCCAGAAAAAUUGGGAGUGGGUGUGCGGCACGCUUCUUGAAACCCUUACCCUAUUGCAGACCAAAAUCUGUGAUUUUCCCUACCGUAUUUCAGACCUGAUCAAAAAUUUCAUACUCUGUUUCAGACCUGAAACCCUGGAGCCCGGCGCGUGACAAGCUGUAGUUGGCGUAAACAUUAAAAGGGAAAUGGUCUUAUUGCCAAGUGAUGAAGAAGUAGCUAAUUCUUCUAAAAGACAUAUCCAAUUCAAGACUAGAGUGCACAAACCAUUCCCUAUUUCAGACCAAAAUGGUCGAAAUUGAUACCCAAUUUCAGACCAAAACAGCUAAAAAAACAUACCUUUUGGCGCGGCACAUACCUAUAUAACUAUAUACCCUAUAUAAGGGACUACUCCCCGGGGCGAAAAACGCGUUGCAGAUUAUGAGUCUAGCUGCUUACGCAAGCGAGACUAAUGAAUCGAGAAAAGAAACUGCUUUGAUACGUGAUUCAUGCAGUCCGAGAUAACGAAAUUCCGUCAAUAGAUCGUUCUUUCGUGUGGCCUAUGCAUUUCGGGUCACGUGAUCCAAGCGAGCUCGUCUGGUCUCGGAUACGUCACCGAAAAAUGCAUUGAGAUGCCUUACAGCCGAAUGCCAAAGGAAACAUAUGUACCGGAAGCUUUUUACAGUUUUCUAAAAAAAGUUUCAUUCCAUGUUUUCAGGUAGUGACAGAAGCCUGUCGCGGGGAUGUGUCUUUUCGAUUUCUAUGCGUUGUUCGCUUGAAUGUGGUACUUUUUUUGAGUAUCAAGGUCAACUACAGAGUUUACCGCCAUGCCCUAAAAAUCUGCUGUAUAUUGAGUAGGGCAAGAGAGAAUGAUCUAGCUCAUUUUCUCCUGGAUUAGGGGGCUUGUCCACGGUAGAAUUCCUUGAAAAAAACUUCCUUUCAAUUAGUUCUCCAACCUGAAGACGAUAAUUAGUCAAAAUGUGUUCUUUAAUAGCUCAGAGUUAGCUGAGGUUUCUUGUGAAACGUUGCAGCGUUUGCGAUGCUUUAAAAAGGGCAUUGCAUUGGAAUUAUAACAAAACAUUGACAAGGAUCUAACUGAAUGAACAAUAAUAACAUGAAUAAUGACUUGUGUGAAAGAUAGAGCAAUAAUGAUGUAACAAAAACUCCCUUACUCUCAGAAGUAUCACUGAAGUAUUUAUCGCGUUAAGGCUAGUGGGGCCGAGGAAAUGACCGAAAAGAAUAAAUUAAAUAAGCAUAAGCUUAUAAGGUCGAUAAUCCUAACUGACCGGAGACAAACCACGCCAGGUCACUAUUUAGAAGCGUGGUCGAGGAUGUGAUCUUGGGACUACAGUGAAGAAAUCCAAGCGACAGUCAGGGUGGCUGACAUGGUCUUAGUUCUUAUGAAAAUUGCCUUGAUGCACCAUGAUGAAGCGUGAAAUCCUCCUGAAACAUCCCUGUUUCAAAGUUGUCUCGGUGUCCAAAACUGCAAUCAAGAAUGACUUUUGUCUAUCACUAUCAGGAAAUUACGUCUUCAAGUGCUACAAAAUAGCUCACUUAUAAUGUGGAUUUCUUCUUUUAACCUUUUUCAUAUUUUCGGUUGCCCUGAUUCUAAAGUCAGUUGAUCACUAAAUAAGGUAAUUCUUUCUACACUCAUCGCUGCAGAUUUUGUUUCCAAAGGCAGUUGAAGGCAACCACCAGCUGGCUGAGAUAAUUAUAAAGGUAUGAAAAAAAAACUAUCUUGAGAGCACCGUAAUUUUUAGGGAGUUAUUAUAACUCCAAAAAUUGAGUAAAAAGUUUAGGUACAGGAUAACCACUCUUUGGGGGUUACUUUAACUCCUAAAUUAACUCCGAAUUUGGGGUCAUUUUUACUCCUGAAAAAGAGUUCUUUUUACUCCCAGUCUGGAGUUAAAAUAACUCCGAAACGGGGUCAUUUUUAAUCCUUACAUGGGUUGUUUUUACUCUUUUUGGAGUUAAUUUAACUCUGAAGUGCAGUAAAAAUUUUAGGUACAGGAUAAUUCCUUUUUUGGGGUUAUUUUAACUCCUCAAUAUCUAAGGUCGUUUUUACUCCUGAAAAAGAGUUCUUUAAACUCCUUUUUGGAGUUAAAAUAACUCCACAAAAAAUAACUUCACUUUAAGGAGUUAAAUUAGCCCCACUAGAGGAGUUAUUAUAACUCCUUGAAAAUUACUGUGAGGCUAAGUAAACACAACACUGAAGCAAAUAAAGAGGGGGGGGGGGGGGGGGGGGUUUUUUUUUAAUAUUUGCUUUUUUAAUUAAUUUUUUUCAAAAUCAAAUUUUUUCGGGUUUUUUUUCAAUUUUCACCAAUUUUUUUUUGUUAAAAAAACAAGAGACGUAAAAAAAACAAAGGUAUUUUCCAAUGUAAUUAGGUAGAUAAAAUGUACCACGGUGGGUGGUUUAUUAUACUCUGUGAAAAUGUGUGUGUGGUAGAAUAAGCAAAACUCUGGAGACAAUGAGGGGGGGGGGGGGGGGGGGUGGCUUUUUUUUCAUAUCUGACUUUUUAAUUAAUGUACUUCCAAAUCAAAUGCUUUCAGGUCUGUUAUGCACUGUGACAAAUUUUAGUGUGUUAAAAAACACAAGGGCCUCAAAAUAAACACGGGUAUUUGCCAUGAGGAAAAUUUUGUCAUGAGUCUUUUCCGACCACACUGAGAAGUCCGGGGAGCUGCUACAUUACUACUUUGGCUUGAUUGUGAAUGGUAUAGGGCAUUUAAAGGGCCGCGUCUUAAGGAGCAACCGAAUUUGACUGGAACAGGAGGGAACGAAGUACAUAGUACCACAUACCCAGUCAGUUUUCGGAAAGGCACCAAACGUCUGUUUAAUCGUGUGUAACUAAGAAGACUCCUGCAACAGAUUAAGGGGGACGUUAAGCUUUAUCUUAUCUUCGUUUUUGCUUUUCAGCCAUGCUGUCAUGCGGAACUGAACUGCGCACAUUGCCUGCUGCAUUCUCAUUAGUGGAAACUAUGAAGCACCCAGGCAAUCAGAUGGCAACAGGAACCUGUACUUAUACCUGUGGGAUGGCCCCGGUUUCCUUGGGAGAUAAUGACUCGGACGCUUAA